GAGCUCGAACCCAAAUCUAAAGCCGACGGGGUCGGUUCAGCCCCGCAGGCCGACGCCGACGCCGCCGACGCCGUCGAGGGGGAAGAGGAGAGAGAGAGAGAGAGAGAGAGAGGGUGAUUCGGAUUUAGUGUGAGGCUAACGGAGUGCCGGGGAGUGGAGUGAGGAGGACGAAGGGGGUUCGCCGUCGCCGGCGGAGCAUGUCGUCGCUGGGGACGUCCAAGGGGAUCCUGGAGAUCGCCAAGUUCGGCGUCUACGUCUCCGUGCCCGUCGCGCUCACCUACCUCGUCGCCACCGACUCCAAGACCCUCAAGAAGCUCAUGGGCCUCCGUCCUUAUGUGGUUUAUCCACCUGAAGGUCCACGCCCACCACCGCCCGAAGAACUUCGUGAGAGGGCUCGGGAAAUAGCUCGGAAGAGGCAGCAGAGUUGAAUGUAUUGGUGACUAGGGAACAUCACAGAUCAUAAAUCCAGCUCACAGAUAUGGUAGAGAAUGUCACUCUGGUUGUUGAUAUGGAGCACUUGUUUGGCCCUGGUCUGUAACAUCCUUUUGAUGUUGUUGUCAUAAUAACAUUCAAGUGGCUGUGGGUUCUCUGUUUUGAGCUGAGGAUUGACUGAAUGUAACGCACUGUAUUUCUUGUUGGGAGCCAGUUCAAAUGGUACAUUUUGAGUUCUAGACUCCUUGAAAUGGUACAGAAUAAAAGAAAGGUCAUAUUUCGUA